UGUGGGUACACCAGUAUCGUUUCGGCAGUGCCUUCGUUCCCAUCAACGUAGCGACAUUAAAUAUAAAAAUACCUCUCUCAGUAAAUUAAUUUAAAUACAUUCUUUCCUCCACCAUUAAACGUUGUCGCUCCUGAGCUGAGAAGAAGAGCAAAAAAAAACUCCAUCCUAAGGUCAGUAGAGAGUGAAUCAAAAAAUCAAUUAGGGAAUCCAUUCUAAACACCAGCGAAGCGGCAAAUUAUCGUUUUUUGCACUGAGAAUUUCGACAAAACACUACACAACGAACAGAGACAGUAUUUGUUGGAAUUAAUUCAAGAGAAAAAAUCAUCACAUAAUGUAUCCAUUUGGCUCGGGAGGUCCUCCGCCACCCAACUCUUCAGCUCCUUAUCCUCAGGCGCCCUUUGGUUCCGGUAUGCCACAACCGGGACAGGCCCCCUAUCCGCAUUCAUCACCCUACCCGCAUGUCUCUCCCUAUCCGCCAAAUCCAUCCUCUAUGCCCUAUCCAAAUUAUAAUCCUAAUCCUGGAUAUCCUAGUCAGACACCUGGCUAUCCACCAGCGUCCACCUACCCACAAGGUGGUGGAGGCUACCCCCAGGGAGGUGGAGGUUACCCCCAGGGAGGUGGAGGCUAUCCUCCACAAUCCUCAGCUGGGUAUCCACCUCAAUCCUCAGCUGGAUAUCCACCUUUCGGGGCGGGUUAUCCACCAGCUAAUACCUCAUCCCCCUAUCCUGGCUCUUAUCCCCAAACCCCGAGCUCUACACCGGCGGUAACUUCCUACCAGAAUCCAUACCAACCUGCCCCGGCCAAUCCCUACCCCUCUCAGGCGCCUACCGGAACUGGUGGCCUGUACCCUGGAAUGCCCGGAGCCGGAGGUGCUGCCAUGGGCAUGGCACAGUGUUUUGGUGAGAUGAAGACCCACGUCACGAGAAUUAACAGUGAGAUCAAGUCCAAGGGAACCCCCACAGUGAGAGCUGCACCGGAUUUCAAUCCCGUGGCUGAUGCUCAAGCACUAAGGAAGGCCAUGAAGGGCUUUGGCACCGAUGAGGAUGCCCUGAUUAAUGUGAUCUGUCGCCGUAGCAAUGAACAGCGACAGAUUAUUGCGCGGGAGUACAAGACAAACUUCGGGAAGGAUCUCAUUGAGGAUAUUAAAUCUGAAACAAGUGGAAACUUUGAGAAUCUCCUGGUGGCCCUCAUGACGCCAAUUGUGGACUUCUAUGCCAAAGAGCUGCACGAUGCCAUGUCAGGUGUGGGAACUGAUGAGGAUGUCUUGAUUGAGGUGUUGGGAUCUAUGUCUAACUACGAGAUCCACACCAUUAAAUUCGCCUUUGAGAAGAUUUACGGGCAAAGUUUGGAGAAUCAGCUCAUCUCAGAGACAUCAGGGAACUUCAAGAGACUCCUGGUGUCCCUGUGUGUGGGUGGACGCGAUGAGAGUGGCGUUACGGAUCCUGUUGCAGCUCAGAAUGAUGCCAGAGAACUCCUGAAGGCUGGUGAAUUGCGAAUUGGCACGGAUGAGAGUACCUUCAACAUGGUUCUGUGUCAGCGCAACUAUGCCCAGAUUCGCCUCAUUUGCGAUGAGUACCAGAAGAUGACGGGACAUACACUGGAGAAGGCCAUUCGAAAGGAAUUCUCCGGAGACAUCAUGGAGGGUUUGUUGGCCAUCAUUGGGGUGGUUUGCAACAAAACCGAGUACUUUGCAUCUCUGCUGAAGAAGAGCAUGGCUGGCAUUGGGACGAAUGAUCGGCAGUUGAUCCGUCUAGUUGUGACCCGAUGCGAAAUUGACAUGGCAGACAUUAAGACUGCCUUUGAGCGUCUCUACGGCAAGAGCCUCAAGAGUUGGAUUAAGGGUGACACAUCUGGCCACUACAAGCAUGCUCUGUAUGCUCUCAUAGGAGAAGAGAGAUCCUCAUAAGAUCAUCACCACACUCUUUAAUCUAAUACUUUAUACAUGCAGUGCAUUAUUUCUCAUACUUCCAUUGACAACAGAGCUACAAAUUUUUCUCAACACAACACUCUCUGUAAAUUAUAUAUGUGGGUUUUUUAAUUGAUGGGGAAGAGAGCAUUUUUUUUUGUAAUAAUUUGUUUUGUCGUCUUUCCCGGCAUAAAGAUUGAAUAAAAAAAAAAGUAUUCGCGCCUGAAA